GAGGCAUUAGAAAAAGGAAGCGCAGAAAAACUUUGUGACCAUUCACUGAAAGAACGAAAGAUAGAGAUACGGGACACAUAAUCUGUGAAGCAAGGAGUUUUUCUGAUUUCUUUAGCUUUUAAAAUCUUUUUUUCCUGGAUCAGUUUUCAUUGAAAAGGGGCUCACUUGAGAUUUCGAGAUGAUGCUGAGUGGCAUCUUUUUGCUGCUGAUGCUUUGGAGUUGUGAGGGUGCGAGACUGGCAGAGAGUCGCGAUGACAACAGUGUGUAUGACUUAUUUGAUCUGGCCCGGGUUAACAAAAGGCACCACGGAGUGAGUCUUGUCAAAGGUGAAGAUCCCUAUAGUCCAGCUUACAAGGUCCUGAACGCAGACUUGAUCCCCGCCGUCCCCGACAGUUCUUUUCGGGACCUCCUGGACUCCAUCCAAGCCGAGCGCGGCUUCCUCCUCCUGGUCAACCUGAAGCAGUUCAAGAAAACCAGGGGCAGCUUGUUGACUAUUGAGAAGACCGACGGAUCCGGACCGGUUUUCGAAUUAAUUUCCAACGGGAAGGCGAACACCCUGGACAUGGUCUACUCCACCGUGAACCAGCAGCAGGUCGUGUCCAUCGAGGAUGCGGGUUUGGCCACCGGACACUGGAAGAACAUCACGCUGUUCGUUCAGGAGGACAGGGCGCAGCUUUUUGUCGGCUGUGAGGAGAUCAAUGUGGCAGAGAUGGAUGUGCCAAUCCAGACGGUGCUGGCCCGGGAGGUGGCAGACAUAGCCAGACUCAGAAUUGGAAAGGGAGCUGUGAAGGACAAGUUUAUGGGAGUGCUUCAGAAUGUGCACUUUGUAUUUGGUACCACCCUGGAUGCCAUACUGAGAAACAAGGGAUGUCAAAGUGGAGCAACCUUAACUGAGGUCAUGACCCUAGACAACCCAGUGAAUGGCUCCAGCCCUGCUAUUAGGACUGAUUACACAGGUCACAAAACCAAAGAUCUGCAGUCUGUCUGCGGCUUCUCCUGUGAGGACAUCGCCAGCAUGUUUAAAGAGCUCAGGGGACUGAAUGUCAUUGUCAAAAAAGUGCUGAAUGAUCUUCAAAAAGUGUCUUCAGAUAGCUGGAAAAACCAAAUUAACAUCCACAGCGGAGUCUGCAUCCAUAAUGGCAUUGUGCACAAGGACAAAGAUGAGUGGACGGUGGAUGGCUGCACCGAGUGCACCUGUCAGAACUCUGCUACUGUAUGUCGUAAAAUCUCCUGCCCUCUGAUCCCAUGCGCCAACGCCACAGUGCCCGAAGGAGAAUGCUGUCCCCGCUGUGGAACACCGAGUGAUUAUGCAGAAGAUGGUUGGUCUGCCUGGUCUGACUGGACCCAUUGUUCGGUGACUUGUGGCCGCGGCAUCCAGCAGCGCGGACGCUCCUGUGACCGCAUUAACAGCAAGUGUGAGGGCACCUCUGUCCAGACCCGUGACUGCUACCCGCAGGAAUGUGACAAGCGCUUCAAACAGGACGGAGCCUGGAGCCACUGGUCACCCUGGUCUUCAUGCUCUGUGACCUGUGGUGAGGGGGUCAUGACACAAAUCCGCCUCUGCAACUCCCCCACACCCCAGAUGGGUGGAAGGGACUGCCAAGGAGAUGGACGUCACACCAAAGUCUGCCAGAAGUCACCCUGUCCUGUCAAUGGAGGCUGGGGACCUUGGUCACCAUGGGACACCUGCUCUGUUACCUGUGGGGGUGGAGUUCAAAGCCGAAAACGUCUUUGCACUGAUCCUGCGCCCAAAUAUGGUGGAAAGGAUUGCAUUGGUGAUGCUACUAUGAUUCAAGUUUGUAACAAGCAGGACUGCCCUAUUGAUGGCUGUCUUUCAAACCCAUGCUUCCCUGGCACAAAGUGCACCAGUUCCCCUGAUGGGUCUUUCACGUGUGGCAAGUGUCCACUUGGUUACAGUGGUGAUGGCAUGACAUGCAAGGACAUUGAUGAAUGCAAAGAGGUUCCAGAUGCUUGCCAUACUCACAACGGAGUCCAUCGUUGUGAGAACACUGAGCCAGGUUACAACUGUCUCCCCUGCCCCGGACGUUUCUCCGGUCCCCAGCCCUUUGGAAGAGGAGUGGAACAGGCUACAGCUAAAAAACAGGUUUGCACUCCCCGUAACCCUUGCCAAGACGGCAGCCACGACUGCCAUAAAAAUGCAAAUUGCAUCUACUUGGGCGUCUUCUCAGACUCCAUGUUCCGCUGUGAGUGUAAGCCAGGCUAUGCUGGGAAUGGCCGGAUUUGUGGGGAAGACACUGACCUGGACGGAUGGCCUAACACUGACCUGCUGUGUGUGGAGAACGCCACUUAUCACUGCAAGAAGGAUAACUGCCCCAACCUCCCCAACUCUGGCCAGGAAGAUUAUGACAAAGAUGGCUUGGGUGAUGAAUGUGACCAUGAUGAUGACAAUGAUGGGAUCCCCGAUGAUAGGGACAACUGCCCAAGAGUGUACAACCCUGCCCAGUAUGAUGCAGACAGGGAUGAUGUUGGUGACCGCUGUGACAACUGUGUGUUUGAAGCAAACACUGACCAAACUGACACCGACAACAACGGCGAGGGUGACGCCUGCGCCAUCGACAUUGACGGUGAUGGCAUUCUGAAUGAGAACGACAACUGCCCCUACGUUUACAAUGUGGACCAGAGAGACACCGACAGGGAUGGAGUGGGAGAUCAUUGCGACAACUGCCCUCUGGAGCACAAUCCAGAUCAGAUUGACUCAGACUCAGAUCGCGUCGGAGACAAAUGUGACAACAACCAGGACAUUGACGAGGACGGUCACCAGAACAACAUAGACAACUGCCCCUACAUCUCCAACGCCAACCAGGUAGACCACGACAAGGAUGGCAAAGGUGAUGCCUGCGACCAUGAUGAUGACAAUGACGGUAUCCCUGAUGACAAAGACAACUGCCGACUGGCUUUUAACCCUGAUCAAGUGGAUUCUGAUGGUGAUGGGCGUGGUGAUGUCUGUAAAGAUGAUUUUGACCAAGAUAAUGUCCUGGACAUCUAUGAUGUGUGCCCCGAGAACUUUGCCAUUAGUGAAACAGACUUCCGCAGGUUCCAGAUGGUUCCUUUGGACCCCAAGGGCACCUCUCAGAUUGACCCCAACUGGGUAGUGAGGCAUCAGGGCAAGGAGUUGGUGCAAACUGUCAACUGUGACCCUGGCAUUGCUGUUGGUUACGAUGAGUUCAGUGCUGUGGACUUCAGUGGGACAUUCUUCAUCAACACGGACAGAGAUGACGACUAUGCCGGGUUCGUGUUUGGCUACCAGUCUAGCUCACGCUUCUACACCGUGAUGUGGAAACAGAUUACACAGACCUACUGGUCCCACACACCCACAAGAGCUCAGGGCUACUCUGGCUUGUCAAUCAAAGUAGUCAACUCCACCACGGGACCUGGAGAGCACCUGAGGAACGCCCUCUGGCACACCGGAGACACUCCUGGACAGGUGCGUACUCUGUGGCACGACCCCAAGAACAUCGGCUGGAAGGACUUCACCGCCUACAGAUGGCAUCUGACCCACAGACCCAAGACUGGACUUAUUAGGGUGGUCAUGUAUGAAGGAAAGAGAAUCAUGGCUGAUUCUGGAAACAUCUAUGACAAGACAUAUGCUGGUGGGCGACUAGGCUUGUAUGUCUUCUCUCAGGAGAUGGUUUACUUCUCAGACCUCAAAUAUGAAUGUAGAGAUACAUAAUUACACACCAGAGUCUUCCAGAAGAAUGUAUCACCCUAAAUCUAAAUCACAAGACAUGGAUAGAUUUCUUUUUAAUAUUUUCUUAUUGAGAAAUGCACAUUGGAGGUAUGUCGAGCAAGGGAACUAACAUGAGGUGAAGUGACCUCUGGAGUUUAAGCCAAAUGAAAGUUCAAUGAUAAUUCUGCAUCAGACUCAAACUGUGAGUACAGCUUUGCUCAGAAGAAGUAGGCUCUCUCACGUUGACUGCGCUAAACAAGGGCCACAUUUUAUUGCUUUGCACACCUGAACUGUUGUUCCUCUGUGGAUGAGGAAGCAAAGGGAAGAUUGUUUUUACUUUUCGUUUUGUAUUAUUUUUGAGCGUUAACAUACAUCUGCUGUGGACUCGAAAGAUCAAUUUUUCAGUAUGAAGAAAGCAGUAGGAGAACUUUCUUUGGCUGGGGUAAAAAAAUCCCCCGUGAAGGAACUGUUGAGGGACCGUGGACAGUAUGAACUGACUGUUACUAUCAAAGAGAGUGAAUGUCGUUUGUGUGUUCGUGCAUAUAUGCCACCCAACAAGCAUAAAUAU